GUGUGAUACACGUGGGAUCAAGAUCGAAUAGCCGACCAGGCGAGUGCAGGCGAGCAUACUAUUCCGUAUUAUAAAUUAGUUUUUUUCGAGGUAUAUUAAAAAAUUAAAUUGAGAGUGACUACAAAAUUCAGUGAUAACAAUGAAGGUACCUUAUAAGGCAAAUAUGAGGGAUAUGGUGGAUCCUUCUGACGAGUCAGAUCUUGAUUGUGAUCAUUAUUCUAAUGAUGAAAUUGAUGAAAGUGAAGAUCAAGAAAAUGAAGAUGAUGAAGAGAUCCAAGAAUCUGAUACAAGAGAUGAUUCUCAUUUAGUAUCUGUUAAAAAGAAAAGAAAAGUUAUCAACGAAUCUACAAAUACUAUUAUGCCAAAAAAGAGAAAAAAAUUAGAACAUGAUUUAUAUAAACCACCCACAGUCGAAGAAUUAAAUCAACUUAGGGAGACAGAAAAUUUGUUUCAUUCAAAUUUGUUUAGACUACAAAUAGAAGAAAUGCUAAAUGAAAUUAAAAUUAAAGAUAGAUACAAGAAUCUGUUUGAUGCUUGGUUUCAGAAAUUUGUUGAUACUGUAAAAUCAAUAAAAGAUUCAGAGCAAUACAGAUUUGCAGAUAAGAAAUUAGAAAAACAAUUGGGAAUGCACAUUCCAAUGCCUAAAAUAAGGCAAAAUAAAGAAGACACAUUUAAAUUUCUUAAGCCAUCAAAUAUUACUGUCAUAGGGUCUUAUGCAUUCAAUGGUAUAGUUGGUCCAAAUAUUACUGUAGACAUAAUGAUUGAAAUGCCUGCCAAAAUAUUUCACAAGCAAGACUGUCUAAAUUAUAGAUACAUGAAAAAGAAAGCAAUGUAUUUGGCAUAUGUAGCAUCGCAUAUCACUGAUGAUAUUGCAGAUGAUAAAAAGUAUGUUGGAAAUAAUUUAAGGCCAAUGUUAAAAAUUAUACCAAAUGGAAAAUUAGGUAAAAAGCUCAAUGUACUGGUGCACAUAUCAGCUCAAGAAGAAAGCUUUGCCCUAAGAAGGCUUUUACCAGAGAAAAAUAAUGUCAAACCUGGAUGGUUCUUCACAGACACAACAAAUGAAGAUGCAUCCCCUACACCACAUUACAAUUCUAUAAUCCUUCAUGAUUUGACAAUGUCAAGAAUGAAUUUAGAGAAUAUGAAAAUGUUAAAAGAAUACCCAAACUUGAGAGAUGGUAUUAUAUUACUAAAGAUAUGGUUAGCUCAGAGAGAAUUAACCAAACGUUUUGUAGACUUUAAUGGACAUGUCAUAACAAUGUUUGUUUUAUACUUAUUAUCCAUUAAAAAGUUGAAUACAUUUAUGAGUAGUUAUCAGGUAGUUAGGAAUGUAUGGACUAAUUUAGUGCAAGUUAGUUGGUGUGAAACUGGAAUAACAAUGAAUCAAAAUGAAGACACUGAAAAAACGAUUUUGAAUUAUAAGAAGUAUUAUGAUUGUGUAUUUUUAGACCCUACAGGCUAUCAUAACAUUGCAGCAUACAUUUCUAAGUCUACUUUCUGUUGGGUACAACAAGAAGCAAAAUAUUGUUUGAAUCACUUAGAUAGUGUGCAUGCUGAUAGCUUUCAAUCACUUUUCAUGAGAAAGGUGCCAUUUUACAGGGCAUUCGAUCAUCUUAUAUGCUUUAAGGAUACUCAGCAGUUGAAAAAUAUUGUGAAUGCUACAUCAACUAGUAUUGAUAGAUUAGACUAUGGUCUUAAUUACCGAGAUCAAAUAAUAAAAAUUCUUCAUAAUUUAUUAACGAAAGGACUAACAAAUAGAGUACAACAAAUUUGUGUUUUACCGAAGGAAGUUAUAGAGUGGGAAUGCACACAAAAUAUUGAUGAUGAUAUUGGAGAGAUUGUUAUUGGACUGGAAUUAAAUCCAGAGUUUUGUUUUACUAUUGUUGAUAAAGGUCCUGAGGCAAAUCUGCCAGAGGCAGUUACAUUUAGAGAGUUUUGGGGUGACAAAUCAGAGUUACGUCGAUUUCAAGACGGAUCUGUACGCGAAACUGUAGUUUGGUCAAAAGGCAAAACAAUAUCAGGAAAAAGAAUGAUAUGUAAAAAUAUCGUAACUUUUUUAUUGCUAAAAAAAAUUGGCCUCUCUAAAGAUCAGUUUACAUAUAUUGCUGAUGAAAUGGAAGAAGUUUUAAAAUUAUCAAAGAUCAAAAUAACGCAUUUCACUUAUGGCACGGGCGAAGAAGCUUCUUUAAAAGUGAUAAAUGCAUUUAAUAGUUUUGAAAAGGAGUUAAUGUCUCUCACGGACAUUCCUUUAUCGAUACACGGAGUUCAAGGAUCCAACGCAGUAUUCCGAUACGCAGAUGUUUUUCCACCACUUGCGACGGUUUAUAGAUCAGAUAAGAAACUUAUUAAAAACAGCAAAAAUUGUUUAAUAUUGUCGAAAAAUAUUACUCAAGCUCCUAGAUAUGUUUGUCCACUUGAAGUGAGUUUGCAGUUAUCAACAAGUGGAAAGUGGCCUGAUGAGUUAGAAGCGUUUAGAAACACAAAAGCCGCUUUUCACAUACAAAUUGCAGAAUGUCUCAGACAGCAAUGUAUGUUAAAAGCAAAUGCAAAUUUUUCAUAUAUCGAUGUGUACAAGGAAGGAUUCGUGUUUCGAUUAAGGAUAGCACAUCAAAAGGAAAUUGGUUGUUUAAAGCAACAAGUAACCGAGGACGGAGUUACACAAUACAAAGAUAACGACGAAUCAAUUGAAUUAGAAAAUAAAUUGUUUGAAUUACCGAAAUUGACUAGCGCUUUGCAUGGAUUGCAUGUUCAACAACCAUCCUUUGGGGCUGCUUGUUGUUUAACAAAACGUUGGCUAUCUGCCCAAUUAUUGGACAAUUCUCAUAUACCAGAUGUAGUGGUUGAGUUACUCAUAGCUUCAAUGUACUUAACACCAGCACCAUAUAGACCUCCUCAAAUGCCACAGGUAGCAUUCUUGAGAAUAUUAGAAAUGUUUGCAAGGGGUCACUGGAAUACGGAUCCUAUUAUCGUUAAUUUCAACAAUGAAAUGUCUAGAGAAGAAAUCGUAGCUGUGGAAACCCUUUUCGGAUCAUCUCGUAAUUCUCUACCGCCGUUAUUUAUAUCUACUCCUUACGACCAUGAAAGAUCAUUAUGGACUAAAAAAGCACCGACUACCCUAAUUUUAAAUCGUAUUACCGCGUUAGCAAAACAAUCUUUAAAACUGUUCGAAGAACAACUUCUUACAAAGGUUAUAUCGGAUGUCAAGGCUUUGUUUCGACCGCCGCUCACGGAAUAUGAUUGUUUGAUACAUUUAAAGCCACAUAUGGUUCCUAGAAAACUACAAGCAAUUGAUGUUAAUGAAAAAUAUCAGGUCAUUGAUUGGCAUCCUUAUAAAAAACACUCGCACGAAAAGAUACCAGUUGUAGGUUUUGAUCCCGUACAGUGUUUUUUGAAGGAGUUAAGGGAUGGUUAUGAUGAAUUUGCGCUAUUUUUUCACGAUACCUAUGGUGGUAUGAUAAUAGGAGUGUUAUUGAAACCUACUGCCUUAGAAGUCAAAGAGUUUAAGGUAUCAAAUAUCAAUUGUCGUAAAUACAACAGCGACGGUCAGUUGGUUUUAAAUGUUUCCGCGAUGAUUCAAGACUUUUAUAUACUUGGAGAUGGUAUAGUAGAAGCGAUUGAUGUACGAUCAAAAAGAUUUUCUUUAAGCUGAUAAUUUCCUUAAAAAAACAAUAUCCUCUAAAACUCUGAAACUAUAUUUAAUAUUAGUGUAAAUAAAUUGUAAUGUAAAUACAAAAUAGACUAGUUUCUUAUAUCAUGUAGAGAACCUAUGUUAACUAUGUACUUCCAUCUAUGUACUAUAAAAUAAACAUGUUUUUUAUAUUA